GAGGAGGAGGAGGAGGAGAUGAAGGUGGUGGUGGGGAGCCCAGGCACCUGGAGCGGGUUGGUGCUGAGGAUCGGGCAGUGUGCCUUCGCCGGUGCUUCGAUAGGGAUCAUGGUCUCCGCUCUAGGGUUCUCCAACUACACCGCUUUCUGCUAUUUGGUCGCUUCUAUGGGAUUACAAGCAUUGUGGAGCUUGGGACUUGCAUGUCUUGAUAUCUAUGCUUUAAAGAUUAAAAGAGAUCUGCAUAAUCCUGUGUUAGUAAGCUUGUUCGUUGUUGGUGACUGGGUAACAGCAACUCUAUCACUUGCGGCGGCAUGCUCUUCAGCGGCUGUAACAGUUUUAUUUGCAAGAGAUACAGACUUCUGUAGAACAAUUCCUCAAUUCUCAUGCGGCAAGUUUGAAAUCUCCAUUGCAUUGGCUUUUAUCACAUGGCUGCUAAUUGCCGUAUCCUCCCUAGUGAUGUUUUGGCUUCUGGCAUCAGUUUGACUGGUCGUGUAUGUUCUCUCUCAUUGUGUUUUUAAUUACUGCUAAAAAGGAAUGAAAUUCACCAUAAUUCAAAAAAUUGGUCCUUUGAUUUGAGCUGCAUUUCACUUCUCAAGUCACCAGAACAUGGUUGAUGUAUAUUUGCCUGUAUUAUAAAGUUCUACUUUGGGGGUCUGAUUUAGUCGACUCCAUAAA